GUGCUCGAAAUCAGAGGACGCUGUAGCCCAUUUGAGCCAAACCAACACAGCUUUGGAGGAGCAGUUGGCCACAUCCAGGGAAAUAUGUGCCGGGCUACGGAAAGAUUUAGGAAUAUCCAGGGAAAUUGAACAGGAAAAAUCAGCUGAUGUCCGAGCCAAGGGAGAAUCUCUGCAACUGCUAGAGGCUGAAAAGGAAGCUCUUGCAGAGAAAAUGGGAACGCUGCAGGAUAGGGUGACCAAACUGGUUUCCCAAUGUGAGAGACUUGAGGCGGAGUCGUCCGAUUUGGCAUCAGCUGAGAGAGCACUAAGAGAAGAAAACUUGGCGCUGAAGAGCAACAUCGAAGACAUAGGCAAGGAUCUUGAAAUGUCCCAGGCAGCAUUCCAAGGAGAGCACCAGCAUGCUUUAGAGCUUCAAAGAGAAGUGGAGCUCCUUCGGCAGCGCGAGGAAGAGCAUCAGGCUUAUCUGCCGUCACUGCGGGAGGCCAGGAGGUGCUUGGAAGAAGAGCUUCAGGCGUCCAGGGACAGUUGUGGAAAAUUGGCGAGGCAAAAUGCUGAAAUGGAGGCAGAAUUGGAUACCACAAGGCGCAGGCUGGAGAGGUCUGAGGAGCACAUGAAGGCGUCCGAG